GUUUGGCGACCCUUUACCAGAAUACGUGGUUGUGACUUAAAAAGGGGGAGAAAAAAUGUCUACCAAGUUGUAUGUUGGGAACCUUCCUCCUGAAUGCAAGGACAAGGAGCUUCGUGACUUGUUCAGCUCUUUCGGAGAUGUAGACGAAGUAGCAGUCUUCAACAAGGAUGAUGGGCCUGGAUAUGCCUUUGUUCAUUUUGAGAAACAAAAGGAAGCUGACACUGCUAUGGAGUCUCUCGACAGCACAGAGUUUCACUCAUACACAAUCUCUGUUCAGAUAUCUCGAACAAAGGGUCACGGCUAUGGACGAGGAUCCGGUCCACCGAGGCCACCCGGAAUGAGAGGUCCACACUACCGAGACCGUCCCCAUCGUCAUGACUAUCGAGAUUCUGACAAUCGCCAUGGGGGACGGGACUCGUAUAGGGAUUCUUAUCGAGAUUCCUAUCAUCGAGAUUCUUAUCGUGGCCGAGACGGGAGGCACUCUGACUCACAGCGAGAAUAUGGGCGGAGUUACCAUGGUCGCGAAAGUGGGGGCCAUCGACGGGGGAGGGACAACAGCUAUGACAAGUAUGGUAGUCGCUAUGACGAUGGGAAGGACUACGGCUACUACGAUGACUAUGGUAGCAGUCGUCACUCAGAAUAUCGGAGGAGCAGGAGCCCACCAUCUAGAGAUUAUUACAAGUAUGACUCAGAGUAUGGCCACCGUAGCAGUAGGAGCACCAGAGACGAAUACAAAGAGGGGGGUUCCCGGAGAAAAUAUUGAACUCAGCUGACACUGUUUAUUUGCUUUACAAGCCACUAUUUAGUAGAUUCUGCACUUAUUUGUUUUGCCUUUACCUUAUCUUAUAUAUAUACAUGUGUAGUUAUGAUUUCUUAUCUUAUAUGCACGGCACUUGUGUACGAUGAUCCUGAUUUUCACAUUUA